GUGUUCUUACAGAUGGGGAAACUGAGGCACGGAGCGGGGAAGGAGGGCGGAAUACACUCGUGAGCCUAGGGAGCCCGAUCCCCAGGCCAGAGCAUCCGAGGACACCUUGGGAGCCGUUCAGUCCAGCCUCUUCUCCCUCCCCCACCAUUUUUACAGGCUUGGUCCUGUAGCCGGGAAGGAGUCUGGAAACAGCGCCCCAUUCUCAGGUCCUGCAGGACGGCCAUGGCUUAUGAUGACUCCAGGAAGAAAGAAGAUUGCUUCGAUGGUGACCGAAGUUUGGAGGACAUAGGACUGGCGGCUGGCCGGAGCCAACGAGAGAAGAAACGUUCUUACAAGGAUCUUUUAAGGGAGGAAGAAGAGAUUGCUGCUCAGGUCAGGAAGUCCUCCAAGAAGAGGUUAAAGGAGAGAGAUCUCUUCUCCCUGGGCACGGACACGCACAAGAGGAGGAGGAAGCAUUCCUCCGGCGAGUCCUGCUAUGGAGAUCUGUCGCCUUUGGAGUCGUCACAGAAGAAAAAAAAGAAGGGGGUGCCAAGUCCCCCACCCUCCGAUUCAGCCAUGGACCUGCUGAAGGCCAUCACAUCCCCCCUUGCAGCAGGCUCCAAGCCCCCCAGAAAGACUGGGGAGAAAUCCUCAUUUUCUUCCUUUAGCUCCUCCAGCUACUCAGAAAGCAAAAAGGAGCAGCAGCACCCCAGGAAAAAGGGGAGCAGCGGCAGCAGUGGUGAGCUCUCCCUCGAGGACGGUGGCUUCCACAAGGCCAAAAAAAUGAAGCCGCUCUAUGUUAAUACAGAGACUUUGACCCUGCGAGAGCCAGACGGCCUAAAAAUGAAACUUAUUCUCUCCCCCAAGGAGAAGGAGGGCAGGACAGGUGACGAGGAACCUUUUCAGAAUCCUCCUCCCCAAGGGACAGCAAAAAAGUCCUCCAAGAAGUCAGCUCGAGACGAGCAGGGCACUGUCCUCCUUGGGCACGAGCUGCAGAGUUUCCUCAAAACAGCCCGGAAGAAGCACAAGCCGGCCACGGAGCAGCAUCCCUCUCCUGGCCCCGAAGGCUUCGGGCCAGAUGCAUCCAUCUUUUCUGAGCCACACAGUGCUGACUAUGAGCUCUCUAACCUUGAGCCUGCCCUGCAGUCGGGCUCUUCCUCAGGGGCUGAGCUGGAGGCUGGUGAACUGGUGAUCGACGACUCUUACCGGGAGAUCAAGAAGAAGAAGAAGUCAAAGAAGAGCAAGAAGAAGAAGGACAAGGAGAGGCACAAAGAGAAGCGGCACUCCAAGUCCAAGAAGAGCCCCGCACUCUCCGCCACAGCCGUACCCGUGGGGGAAGCCGCAGGAAUGAGCCCUGGACCACCACCCCCAACCAGCACACCUUUCCCGGGAGCCACACCUCCACCACCACCACCAGUCUUCCACCCUGAUGGACAGAGCGAGAAGAAGAAGAAGAGGGAAGAGAAGGAGAAAGAGAAGGCAGAAAAGCCAAAGAAGAAGAACAUGUCUGCCUACCAGGUGUUCUGCAAGGAGUACCGAGUCACCAUCGUGGCAGAGCACCCAGGAAUAGAUUUCGGGGAACUUAGCAAGAAAUUGGCUGAAGUAUGGAAGCAGCUGCCAGAAAAAGACAAACUGGUCUGGAAGCAGAAGGCCCAGUACCUCCAACACAAACAGAACAAGGCUGAGGCCACCACGGUGAAGAGGAAGGCGGCUGCUGGCUCCGAGGGGGCCGUGAGAGUCAAAGCUGCUCCUGCUGGAGUGAUGUCGCCUCAUAAAAAGUCCCCUUCCAGCACGGUAGUGUUAUCUUCCUCCCCGGCCAAAGUCCCUGACACAGACCCCAUUGAUGUAGCUGCACACCUUCAACUCUUGGGAGAAUCGCUGAGCCUCAUCGGUCACCGCCUGCAAGAAACAGAGGGAAUGGUGGCUGUUUCCGGAAGUCUCUCGGUUCUUCUAGAUUCCAUCAUCUGUGCCCUCGGGCCUCUGGCAUGCCUGACCACACAACUGCCUGAGCUGAAUGGCUGCCCCAAGCAGGUCCUGUCAAACACUCUGGACAACAUCGCCUACAUCAUGCCUGGACUCUGACAACUAAGGAUUCUGGGACACAUACUCACCCCCUGCCCCCUGCUGGCUCACGUGGACACAGACUGUUCUGGCGCCCUUUGCUGGCUUCUGGGUGUAGGUUUUAAUGUUUUUAAUACAUGUACCAUAUAUACAUAGGAUUGUAACUACCUACUUUUAACAAUUUUAUGGAACAUGAAGACUCAGCCAAGGGGAACCUUGGCUUAAAUGUGGGUUUGGGUUUUUAAUUUUGUUUUGCUUUGCUUUUUUCCGGUGGUGGAUCAAUCUGCCUUAAAAUCAAAGAAACUUGGGGGCCUGGGGGGGUUCUGGGCACCGAAGGCACCUCUUUUAUGGACAGAUAAAAUAUGGUGGUUUUGUUCCAAGCCGAGUGUUGUCCCCCAGACCUAUCUUUGACCGUUUGCCUUAUCUAUCUUGCAGUCUGAAGUGUACUAGGAAAGAAGGGGAUGGAAAGAAGGGAGAGAAAAUACAAAUCCUUUCAACUCGAGGUGACCAAGUCAUUUCCAUCUGGAGGGAAAGAACAGGCUUAGGCAAGGGAUAACUAGCUCUUGGUCCCAUCAUUAGCGUGGAUGGAGGCCAAGGCCAGAGGAGAGCCCCAGCCCCCGUGUGCUGGGCGGGCCAGGCCUCGGGAGCCAUUGCCAGAGCUUCUCCUUGAACUGCACUUACUCGGAAGCUGGGGCAGAGGGUUGGCAGCUCCAGGGCUGGAAUCCAGACUCACGGGGCCACUGGGCCUCCUGACGGUCGCUGCUGCAGGGGCUCCAUGGCUGGAGAGGACAUCUCCCCCUCAGGCCCAUCUUGGGGGUCUCCAAGACUGGGAAUGCUGAGCGGUGGCAGCUGCAGGAACGCACUUGAGUCUUAGGCCAUUUUGUACAUGUGUAUGUAUGUGUGGAUGCGUGUGCGUUUAAUCAUGUAUAUUUAACUCUUUAAAGUCUGUUAGUUUUUAAUUUAUCCUGUAAAUUUCUGUAUAUAUAAUUUAAUAACAAGAAACCUCCACCAGCAGCAGCAUGGGGAAGAUUCAGAUUUGUGAAAUUUGUUCCCCUUCCCAUCCCUUCCCUCAUCCUCCCUCCAGGAGGCCCAGAAAACCCUAACAUGCCUGUAGCUUGAGGCAUUUCUUCACAAAGAAGAAUCAUUCCUUUAGGAUUCUGACUCUCAUGGAAAAAUGCGUGGGCUGUGCUGAAGGUGAAGGGCUAAGGCACGUGUGUACAGGUGCGUGCGUGUGUGUGCGCGUGUGCAUGUGUGCGUGUACGUGCGCAUGUGUGCGUGUGUGUGUGUGUGUGUGUGUGCGCGCGCAUGCGCGUGUUCAGCCAUGCCCUCUUGGCCUUGCUUCCACACAACCAGAAUAAUUUCACUUUCUCAUAGGAGAGAAAGCAGUUGAGAUUUGGGGACGGGGUCUCUGCUUGAGUUAGGCCUGGCCCCCCCCUGUGAUCUGCUUCCUACACAGCUGCUUGCUGGCUCUUCUCUGUGCACCUUCCUUUCCCUGGGCUCCAGCCCAGCAAGUUCAGAGGAAAUCCUUGGGGAGUCUCUGAGGCUCCCCUCCCCCCAUCACAUAGCCAUGCUAUCACCCAGUUCAGCUUUGGGACAGUCACUAGGAGCUAUAUCCACCCCCCUCACUCCUCAAAGCUGCUGUGUGGUUUAACCGAAAAACAGGGAGGAAAGGGAAGGGAUGGGAAGCAGCUGGGUUGGCCUCUUGACCCAAAGCUUUGUUGCACACCAGUAAAAGCUUCCAUUUUGACAAGGAGGGAACGCUGAGACUUGGAACCAGAACCAGAUGAGGUUCCUUCUAAGUUUGCCAUUUAUAGAGUAAGGAAAUUCUGAUGUGGGCCCAUUCUUUGUUUUUGUUUUGUUUUCAAAACCGAACCCUAUUGUAUUUGUAUUUAAAAUUUGUACACAUUUGUAUAAUAAUCUGUACCUUGUGGCAUUUGGUACUAUUAGAGGGAAAUCUUUGGAUUCAGACCUACUUACAGUUUUUAUAUCAUUGCUUUGGUUUGGUUUUUUAAACAAAUCCUAGUGGUUUGGUCUAAAUCCCAUUAAAGUUGUAUAAAGAAAUAAAAUUUUGUACUUAUAUAUUAAAAGAAAACCCACAUUUUUAAUAUUUGGAGUAUCGUCUCAUCUAUUUUCCCACUGCUGCAAAGCAAUAAGCAUUAGAUUCUUUUAGAACUCAUACUGUACCCCAGAUCUCUUUCCCACCGAGAAUUCCAUCCUCUUUUUUCUAAUAGAACAUCAACCUUGGCCAUUUUCCUAACUCCACUUCCACUUGUGCUGUCAGGUUUCACAUUUUGAGCGUAUUCAUUUCCCUUCUCUGUAUGCCAAGGACAGGGAACCUAACAGUCUGAGGGGAAAUGUCCCUGCUCAGUAAAAUCUCAUUUUUUUCUGGUGCUUUGCAAAGCACUUUACCCACUACAUGAACAAGGAAACUGAGACCCAGGGAGAUAGGAUGACCCUCCACAGUCACACAAGUGAGUGUCAGGGCCAGGAUCUAAACUGAUCUUCUGUUAGUUUCCUCAUCUCUUUUGGACCAUAACCUGUGAGGUCCUUUGCUACUUGAGGCCGGUGAUCCUGUAAUUCCCCACUCCACCCUCCUUUUUUACCUUCCCCUGUUACUUCUCUUUAUGCCAAACAGCUGGUUGGUGCAACUGGGGACCAAAGCAUCCUGACAUUUGCAGAGCAGCUGAUGCCUCAUCCCCUCCCCAGGCCUGUGGCUGGCACAAGGUCCCUGGUGACUUCACAUAGGGACUGCAGCAUUGGCAGAGUGAAUCAGUGUCUAAACAGGGUCCAUUCCUGCCCCAUCCUGGGUGGCCUCCCUUCUUCAUCUUUAAUGUUCAUGUUAACGAAUUUCUUUCCCUCCCUCCAUCAGCCUCACAUUAAUGGGAAUAUUAAGACUUGUCUAGAAAGCUAAAAGUGCUGGGUAUAAACAUUACUCAUAGACACAACAAAGUAGAGCAAUCACAAGACUGAAGGGAAGAGAAGUUGUGCCUUUGUUUUGACUGGACCUGUGAUUUUGAAGAAUUCUCUCCUAUUAAUGCAAAUAAGCCCCUUCUCUGCCACUUCAGUCUUAGAGAGUCAUGGAGAAUCACAGCCUCGAUGUGUCUGAGGCAGACCCUGAACCCAGUUCUCCCUCCACUAAGUCAUACUGCCUCCCAUGCCUUUGUUGUGGGUUAAAAUCUAAUUCAGCUAAUAUCCAAGCCCUUCCAUGUAUCUUCAAGGCACUAGGGACACAAAGACAACACCAACCCUCAAAGAGCUACCAUUCUAGCAGGGGCGGGGUACCCCAUGUGCAGAAAUAAAUACAAAGCAAUUUCAUGGGGGAAGCACAAGGAAAGGCUCCCUGUUGGAGGGAGCAGCUGAACUGUGCUGAAGGAAACUAGGGGUCCUAUGGGCAGAGAUGAAGGGAGUGCGUUGUGGCAUAGAAGGCUACCUCGAAGAGUCGUGGGAGGGGUGCUUGAGGUUGGGGAGCAAGACCAUCUGCCUAGGACAGAGAGAGGAGCCUUACACAUUCCAGGACAUGCUGUCUCUUUCUUCCCCAUUACAAUGUAGGCACCUCAAAGGCAGCCUGCUUCACCUUUGUCUCUGUCCUGAGCUCCAAGCACAGGAAGUGCCUGGAACCGAGUUUAAUAAAUGCCUUCUGAUUGAUUGGGUGAUUGAUUGAUCAUCUGGCCCCACCCACUCAGUGCCUAAGUGAAUGACUUGCCCAAGGGGGGGGGGGGUCUAUGCAAGUCGAAUCUAAGCCAGGGCUCUGUCUUACUUGCCUCAGCCUCAUCUCCCUGAAGGCGUUUGCUGACAUCUCAGUGACUUUUAUAAGUGGCAGUAGAAAAAUAAGAAAACAGAGCCUGUCCAUUAUUGAGAAGGACCCGUAACCGAAGGCAGGCCCAAAAUUCUAAAAGGAAGGCCUUUAGUCCUCUUGGUCACUCCUAUGUGGAAGACUUUUAUUUAGAAAGAGAGAAAAGAAUUCAGUCGAUCAAUCAUCAUUUAUUAAGUGCCUAUUAUGUGCCAGACGCUGCCCUCAAGGGGCUUACAAUCUAAUGUUAAAAAAACAAUAAGUUUUGGCCUUAUCAGUAGAGGGAACACCCAGACCAACAAGAACCCAGAUCAACCUGUUCUGGAAGACAUCAAGCUUAGAGAGGGAAGGGCAGCCUUGAGUUCUGAACAGCUCCUUAU